CCUUCUCUGUCUCCCCUUCUGAUUUUAAUGCUCGAGCACACCGUGUAAAAUACAAAAGAAAAAAAAAAGCGGAAUAAGUAACGGAAAAUACCAUAAAGAGAAACCAGAAGAGACCCCAGGACACCGACUACAGUUGUGUACAAAUAACCAGCAGUCAUCAUGAAUCCAGGUGCUCCUAGCUACCCUAUGGCAUCCCUCUACGUUGGGGACCUCCACCCCGAUGUUACAGAAGCCAUGCUUUAUGAAAAGUUCAGUCCUGCUGGGCCGAUUUUGUCCAUCAGAGUUUGCAGAGACAUGAUUACACGACGAUCACUUGGCUAUGCUUAUGUCAACUUUCAACAGCCAGCUGAUGCCGAGCGAGCUCUGGACACAAUGAACUUUGAUGUCAUCAAAGGCAAACCAGUGCGCAUCAUGUGGUCCCAGCGCGAUCCAUCUCUGCGUAAAAGUGGCGUUGGAAACAUCUUUAUCAAGAACCUUGACAAGUCCAUUGACAAUAAGGCAUUGUAUGACACUUUUUCUGCCUUUGGAAACAUCUUGUCUUGCAAGGUUGUCUGCGAUGAAAAUGGAUCGAAGGGCUAUGGAUUUGUCCACUUUGAGACCCAGGAAGCUGCUGAAAGGGCCAUUGAUAAAAUGAAUGGCAUGCUUUUGAAUGAUCGCAAAGUGUUUGUUGGACGUUUUAAAUCUCGCAAAGAAAGGGAAGCUGAACUCGGUGCUAGAGCCAAGGAAUUUACGAAUGUCUACAUCAAGAACUUCGGUGAAGACAUGGAUGAUGAACGUCUUAAAGAAAUGUUUGGUAAAUAUGGACCUGCACUCAGUGUCAAAGUCAUGACUGAUGAUGGUGGAAAGUCCAAAGGAUUUGGAUUUGUCAGUUUUGAGAGGCAUGAGGAUGCCCAGAAGGCUGUUGAUGACAUGAAUGGGAAGGACAUGAAUGGCAAAAACAUCUAUGUGGGCCGUGCCCAGAAGAAAGUUGAGCGUCAGACAGAGCUUAAACGCAAGUUUGAGCAAAUGAAGCAGGACCGGAUCACCAGAUACCAGGGUGUUAAUCUCUAUGUUAAAAAUCUGGAUGAUGGCAUAGAUGACGAGCGACUACGCAAAGAAUUUACACCCUUUGGCACCAUUACAAGUGCUAAAGUUAUGAUGGAGGGAGGGCGCAGCAAGGGCUUCGGGUUUGUUUGUUUCUCCUCCCCUGAAGAAGCAACCAAAGCUGUAACGGAAAUGAAUGGUAGAAUUGUGGCAACAAAACCCCUUUAUGUUGCUCUGGCUCAGCGUAAAGAGGAGCGCCAGGCUCAUCUGACUAAUCAGUACAUGCAGAGGAUGGCAAGUGUCAGAGCAGUGCCUAACCCAGUCAUCAAUCCUUACCAGCCACCACCAUCAAGUUAUUUCAUGGCUGCCCUACCACCGGCUCAGAACCGUGCUGCAUAUUAUCCAGCUGGACAGAUUGCACAGCUUAGACCAAACCCCCGCUGGACUGCACAAGGUGCUAGACCACACCCAUUCCAAAACAUGCCAGGAGCCAUCCGACCUGCUGCCCCACGUCCACCAACUUUCAGCACAAUGAGACCAACGUCUUCUCAGGUCCCACGCGUUGUUUCAGCUCAGCGUGUUGCUAAUACUUCAACACAGACGAUGGGUCCUCGUCCUCCAAAUGCUGCGGCGGCUGCAGCUGCAUCUUCAGCAGUUCGUACUGUUCCUCAGUACAAGUAUGCUGCUGGUGUCCGCAAUCCUCAGCAGCACCUCACCACUCAGCCACAAGUUGCUAUGCAGCAGCCUGCUGUCCAUGUGCAGGGUCAGGAGCCCCUGACUGCCUCCAUGCUUGCUGCAGCUCCCCCUCAAGAACAGAAACAAAUGCUUGGUGAGCGCCUCUUCCCACUGAUCCAAGCCAUGCACCCAACUCUAGCUGGAAAGAUCACUGGAAUGUUGCUGGAAAUUGACAAUUCUGAGUUGCUUCAUAUGCUUGAGUCACCAGAGUCUCUUAGAUCAAAGGUUGAUGAAGCAGUUGCUGUCCUGCAAGCCCAUCAGGCCAAGGAAGCUGCGCAGAAGUCAGUUAAUGUCACUGGAGUGGCUGCUGUCUAAGCCUUCAAGAGCUUCAGAGAACUUCAGAUGACCAUCCAAGGAGUUCCGUUUAUUUAUAUGAAACCACUGAAGUUCAGAAUUUGGAAAAACUUUGAGCAGCGUUAUUGAUCACAUCAGUGUCUUCAACGAAAUUCAGACAACUCUGGGUUAAAUCGGGGCCUUCAGAGAACUUUAGAUACCAUCAAAGUUCACAUCGGGGUCUUAAAAGAACUUCAAUUACCACCAUUAAAGUUCCUUCAUAGUAGAAAAAUCUAUGAAAACAUUGAAAAAAAAUUAAAUCUUGUAAAAACACCGCAAAAACCUAAUAAAAAAUCAUAAAAAAGGAAAGGAAACUACCAUGCUUACGUACGUAACAAAUGCCAGGUCUGGCACUACUGCUGCUGGUCCUAGAUAUAUGUAAAAAUAAAACACAAAAAAAUUGUAAAAUAAAAAAACAAAUGAAAUGGUUUUUUUAGACCCGGGGAAAGGCAUUUUGAACACAGUACGGAAAGUUAAGCAUUCCUUUCUUUGAUUUUUGUAAUUCUUUACUGUGGAAAAGCUCAGAUUUUCGCCACAGUCGGUAUCUUGUGGGAAAGAUAGCUGAGCAUGAAACAUAAUUUGGAUUAUAAAAUUCUUGCUUUAA